AUUAACAUGGACGUCAUGAGACGCUGUUGACAAUCGACAACUGUAGCCAAUCAGAGAAGGUUUAGUCAGCAAUGCACUGCAUUUUUGAUCUGAUUAGAAUAGUGAAAGUGAUCAAUCUAAGCAAGCUACUGGAGUGCAAUAUUUGAAUUUGGAAUUGUAUUGUCCUUGUGUAUAUUGAAAUACUGUGAAGAAUUGUAAACAUGGCAGAUGGCUUUGAUCCCUGUGAAUGUGUUUGGAAUCAUGAACAUGCUAUGCAGCGACUUAUCAACUUGCUGAGAAACACACAGUCCUAUUGUACUGAUAGUGAAUGUUUAACAGACUUACCGGGAUCCAACACGGCUCCCGAUGGCGGCUUCAGUUCCAUGAUGCUGAUGAUGCUAGGUUGGUUGGUCGUGGCUACCUGUCUCUAUCUUUUGCGUCCCAACAGUUUACGAAAUCGAGGAGAUAUGAAACCGUCCAGAAAUAAUGACCCUAGUCCUCCUCCUCCCGGCCCGUCAGUAAGUUAAAUAUGGUUUAGCGUAUUAUGGGAUUUCUGACAUGGCUCACCCAAGGACCCAGCCCUUAGAAAAAUGCCAUCAUUUCUUGUAUGUGUUGUCUGAGGAGUGGAAGCUGACUGCACGAUAGGAAUUCACCUCAUCAUUUCAACACAAGGAAUCUUGUGCUAUCCAUCCCGAAUGUGUGCAAUUGAAACUACAUAUAAACAGUACUGCUGUAGUCUACUGGCACUCUCUGUGCAUAUAUAUCAUACUGACACAUUUACUUGACACAUGUUGUAUUGUAUGGUAUACUUGAGAAAGUUCCGUCAAUGUGUUAAUCAGGUAAUACUGUUAUAAAAUGGUAUGUUUAACUGAAGAAUAGUAAUAAAUACCAGUGUAACUUGUAAACCUAGAAAUAUAUCAGUUUUAAGUUUUUGAAAAUUAAUAUACAUGUACAGUCUACUCUGGAUAUAUUGAAAUUCAGGGGACCAACCUGAAUUGUUUAUUGUAUCCAAAGUUUCAUAUAACCAAUGUUGAACUAUAUAGAUAAUGUUAACUGGGGAUUUACUUUUACUUCAAUAUAACAGAUAGUUUAAAAUAAGUGCAUUCAGUAUAAGUGGAGUAGACUGUAAAUAUAUGUAACAAGUAAGGCAGUAUUAACAAAAUUUGAAUCAUGAACAGAACUACAGAAUGAUGAUCUACAAAUCUCCACAGGACAAGAAUAUAUCAUUGCUGCAUUUUAUUGACUUCGGAUCUUUCAUUUCAUCAUUAACAUAUUGGGUUUUGGAUUUUUUCUUUCCAUCACAUCAUGAUUAAAGCAAUUACGAAUAUACAGUUACCUCAUAACACAGGUAUAUAAAAACACCUUUAUGUGAUAUUUUCCCUGGAGUGGUAUAUUCAUUGCUGUAUUUUUUUUUAUUUUUUUUUUUUUUUUUUAUUUAUUUUUUUUUUUUUUUGGUGUUGGUACAUGUAUGUUUUUAAUGAUCUAUGCAUCAAAGUUGUUCUUAUCUGUCAAGAGUUCAUUCAUGAUUUCUAUACAUGUAUCUUUCACCAAUAGAAGGAUUAAUAAAACAUGAUAUGUUCUUGGUAUAUUUUAAUCUAUUUUUUAGUGUGUUUUGUUUGUUAAAUGUAAGUUAGAAUUAGAAAAAGAUCCAGUUUUUUUUUUUAAAUGUACAAUCACUUUUUAACUUUGAAAUGUUUCGUGUUUUUUUUAAUUGAGAAAAUGUUAAAUUAAACAUGGUUGUAGCUAUACUCUUGUGUAGCAUGUGUAGUAUAGAUCUAUAUCUUGUUGAAAAAAGAAAAUAUUUGUUCAUGAAAUAAAAAAAAAUUUGAUCAGAGA